AUGCUCAGUAGGCAGAUUUUACAAUGUCCUCGUCUUGGAUAUUGCGCUUCAACAAGCCAAGCUGUCUUUCACACCAAUGUUCAAAAUAAUUCAUUACCAAGAGUGAAACCGUUAGAAGAAGAAAUGCCUGCAAAAUCAUUCAGAAAGACCGUGAGAUCUCCAAGUGAUAUUUUAGAUUUGACAAGUAGCAGUAAAAAGAAGAAUAUUGAUAUCAUCGGUAGGUUUUCAAAAUAUACUGCACUAUGUUAAACUCAACCAUUUUCAGUGACCGAUACACAUUUAUCGCAAUGGUAUAAAAUGGAGCCAAAAUCACUAGCUUCAGAUUAUUUACAAUUAUGUAAAUCGAAAUUGAGUAUGUUUGUUGCAUCAACAGCAGCAUGUGGAGUUCUUAUGGCACCAGUCCCAGUUGCUCUUGCUCCAUUAGCAGCAUGCACAGCUGGAACAUUCCUAUUAUCUUCUGCUGCAAAUGCUUGUAAUCAAUUGUUGGAAGCACCCUAUGAUGCACAAAUGCGAAGAACCCAAGGAAGAGUAUUAGUUGUUCAUCGAUUCUCACCAUUACAUGCAUUCACUUUUGCCGGUGUAACUGGAAUGACUGGAAUUUCAUUGUUAGCAUAUUUUGGAAAUCCAUUGACUGCCGCGCUUGGCGCAUUGAAUUGGUUUAUCUAUGCAGGAGUUUAUACACCAAUGAAAAGAGCUCAUAUUGGAUGUACCUGGGCUGGAGCAGUUGUUGGUGCAAUUCCACCAUUAAUGGGAUAUUCAGCAGCAACCGGUUAUCUUGAUCCAGCAUCAUUUUGUUUAGCAGCUAUUUUGUUCUCUUGGCAAUUCCCACAUUUCAACGGGUUGAGUUGGAAUUUACGUGGGGAUUAUAGUCGAGCUGGAUAUCGUGUGAUGUGUGUGACAAAUGAAAGAUUAUGUCGAAUUACAUCAAUUCGACAUAGUUUAGCACUUCUUGGAUUAUGUUCAAUUGCAGCACCAUUGACUGGAUUAACCACUAUGACAUUUGCCAUUGGUAACAUUUUUUCACAAAAAAAAUUAAUUUGAAAAUAAUAUGAAAUUUUGCAGAUUCUUUACCAGUUAAUGCUUAUCUCGUCUAUCUUUCCUAUAAAUUUUACAAAGCACCGGAUGCCAAAAAUUCUCGAAAACUAUUUUUCUAUAGUUUACUCCAUCUUCCUCUAUGUAUGCUUUUGAUGGGAAUUUCAAAUUAUGGAAGAAAUGACGAUGAAAAAAUAUCGAUUAGUGAUAAAAUGCAGGUAAAAAUAAUUGUUCACAGGAAAAAACUCAUACAUAAUUCAAAUGUUUAUAGAACGCGGUGGACAAAAUUACCAAAUAUAUAAAAUAA